AUGGCGCCGCACCUUGAAAAUGGCACAACCUUCACAAUGCAAGCGAGUUCCACCGGCGAUCUCAACAAUGUGUCAGCUAUGCGGGCAACCGAAAAGCCAAUGCGAGAUCCCGAGUAUGCAUAUCGUACUCUAGCGAUUUCUGAGAAAUCUGAAGGACCAGAGAUUCGGCAACGUUACAGGCCGUUUCUGUUGGACAACAAUGUCCAAUCCACAGACUGGAUAAGCCGCUUGGAGCUUGCGACCAUCACGAAAAUGGCCGAUGAAGACAUCCAAAGGACUGGGGAAAGACUUCGAGUGCUUGUUUUAUAUGGGAGCUUACGCAAACGUUCAUAUUCCAAACUGCUUUCGUACGAGAUUUCGCGCAUCCUUUUCAGACUUGGAUGCGAUGUCCGAGUAUAUGACCCGACCGGACUUCCUGUCAAGGAUGAUGCACAACAUGAACAUGUCAAAGUCCAGGAGCUAAGAGAUCUAAGUCGAUGGAGUGAUGGCCACUUUUGGGUGUCUCCUGAGCAACACGGAAAUUUGAAUCAAAUCGACUGGAUUCCUCUGAGCACUGGAUCCGUCAGACCAACACAGGGCCGCACGCUAGGCAUAGCAAUGGUCUCUGGUGGAUCGCAAUCUUUCAACACAGUGAACAGCCUUCGGUUGCUCGGUCGAUGGAUGAGAAUGUUUACAAUACCCAACCAAUCUUCAGUGCCAAAAGCUUAUGAGCUGUUUACCUCUGCAGAUGCUGAAGAGGGUGGCUCUCGGCUCAUGCCCGGGGGGAAUCGAGAUCGAUUGGUAGACUGUGUGGAGGAAUUUGCGAAAUAUACCAUCAUCAUGCGCGCACAUUUUGGGCUCUUUAGCGACAGGUUCAGCGAGCGUACCCCUCUUGCCGGGUCUCAACCCCGAGCACACUGA